GUUUGAGGUUGCUGUGCACUGUGAUCCCACAGCACUCUACUGAGCGUGACAGUGAGAUUCUGUCUCAAAACAACAACAAUAACAAAAACACUUUGAUGGAAGCUGAUAUAUUUCUUGCCCACUCCAUAAAUGUCAAGAAAUAAACGUACUUCCUAUUUAGAGAUGAGACAAAUAGGAUAUCAUUAUAUGUAUCUUAUCUUAGCCCCAGCUAUAAUUUCUUAGCCCCAAAUUUCUAGAAGCAUAUCCUAAGAAUUUGGGGAUAUUCAGUGGAGGAUGAGGAAAACCAGAAAAUGACAUUUACAACUGUUACCAUAUGAUAACAGAGCAAACAGACAAUUUUUUCAAUAAAGUUAAAAUUUUUACCUUAUUCUAAUUAUGUUAGACAAAAGGGUAAAAAAACCCACAGCUACAUUUCACAUUGUACUACUUACCACUUUGCCCUGCAUAAUCUUGAUUGAUCCAAAUUAUUCUAUAAUUUAAAUAUUUUUGUUUGAAGCAAUGGGCACCAAGACCAAUUACUAUUUUAAUCUCUUAACUAAACUAAAACUUAAAACUACACAGAAUAGGGGCCGGGAGCUCGGUUUCCGGUGGCAGGGUCUCAAGAAGGGGCUGCAGCGCCAUGUCAGGCCGCGAAGGUGGCAAGAAAAAGCCCCUCAAACAGCCUAAGAAGCAGGCCGAGGAGAUGGAUGAGGAAGAUAAGGCGUUCAAACAGAAACAAAAAGAGGAGCAGAAGAAACUGGAGGAACUAAAAGCGAAGGCCGCGGGGAAGGGCCCCCUCGCCACAGGUGGGAAAAAAUAAGCUGUUCCUUGUGCCUGAGAUGAUGGUGAUUGAUUCCUAUUUAAACAUCUAUAUUCCGGGCUAUGCCUGUGGCUCAACAGAGUAGGACACUGGCCCCAUAUGCCAGAGGUGGUGGGUUCAAACCCAGCCCUGGCCAAAAACUGCAAAAAAAAAAAAAAAAAAAAAAAUAAUAAUAAUAAACAACUGUAUUCCCUGUCAUAACAUCUUUUGCCACCUAUAGGUAAAAUGAAGUGUUGUCUUAGAGCCUGUUGUACAUUUAAGAAUAAACUUUGUUAAAAAAAAAAAAAAACAAA